AUGGCUUCAGAUAAGUCGCCGUCGGAUCCGUACCUGCCUUUUGGCUAUGCGAUCGAUCCGAAUCAGGAACCUCAGGACCCCCCAGAGCCUCCUCCUGGCGAUCCUCUCCUCACAGACUCGGACAGCAAGUUCCUCAGCUCGUUCUUCGAGGACAUGACCGCCGACCAGUACAAUAUGCCUUCAUUCGGCGAAGGUCUCAACUUCAGUGAUUCGUGGCUCGAUCUGCCUCCGCAGUUUAUGGGAACAGCGACUUCUUUUGGGCCACAGUUUGGAACGUCGUUGGCAUCUACCAACGGUCAGGGAAUUGCAGGAGAAACAAUAGAUUUUCGCUCAGCGCCAGAAGCAAAUCUCAUGCCGCCUCCUCCUUUACCACACGGUCAUCAUCAAAAUCAGCCACAUCAAUCAAUUCAACAGCAACAACAGCAGCAGCCACAACAACAGCCUCAGCCACAACAGCAUAAUACGCAACAUCACUUACAACAGCAUCCACAACGACAUGCACAGCAACAUCAAUAUCACUCUGAUGACGUCCUAAAUGCUGCUGCGACCUUGCUGCAGAAUGGGGCGGGCUCAAGAAGUGCCUCGGGUAAUCACGAAUACAAUUUUCCAAGACGGCCCGUUGCCCCCCCUGCCAGCCACCUGCGACACCAACCAAUGGACGAGUUCCCCACAGAUGGGCGUCGAUCAGUUCCACAAUCUCAGGAAGCUGAAUAUGGAGACUGGAUGUACGGUGCCCAGCAGCAAGGACGAAUACCACCUGCGCCUGCACCUCAGAACGACCGUGCAAAUGAUUUCCAAUGGGGGUCAGACGCCAAUUUCAGCCCGGUGCAAGGUUACACUCCUAGGCUGAACAAAGGCCCGACGACAAUUGACUCAAUGCACAGGGAGCAAAUGAAGAUUUUGGAAUCCCUAGAAGUCUCCAAAAGUGCAGCAAGCACGCGACCAAGCAGCCCGACCAAUACACACCACGGCCAAAAGGCUUCAGGGCAGGCACAAACGAAGGUAAAAGAGGAUCCCGAGGCUCCCCCACGGAAACGAAGGAAAAGCAAGAACGCUCGGGAAGGGACGGAACUGGCUGAAGGCGAAGAUACCCCGACCCCAACCCCUGGCGCUACUACAUCUUCGGCGACGAAGCCGAGGCGGAGGAAGCCGAAGGCAGAACGCUCGGCCAGUGAUAACUCUCCACCACCUUCAGCGACAUCCGUCACAGCACCUGUAUUUGGUGAAGGGCCGUUGUCAGACGCAGGGUCAUCUGGAGGCGGGGCUAGCCAGAGACGAAAGCCAUCGGCCAACGGGUCCAAAGCGCCACGAGAGAACCUGUCGGAGGAGCAGAAGAGGGAGAACCACAUCCGCAGCGAGCAAAAGCGCCGCACCCUCAUUAAGGAAGGCUUCGACGACCUGUGCGAGCUGGUACCCGGGCUCAGGGGUGGGGGCUUUAGUAAGAGCACCAUGUUGACGAUCGCAGCGGAAUGGUUGGAAGAGCUAUUGCAAGGAAACGAAGCCUUGGCAAACCAGUUGGCAACGAUUGAACGAGGAUGA